AUGUUGAAUGUUGCCAUGGCAGUUUUACCAGAGACGGGCUGGGAGGAUUAUUAUGCCAUUCCUGGGACAAAUGCUGAAAACAAGGCUUUAAUAGAAGAGAUAAGCAAGAAAAGGAAGGAACUCUCACAUGUGAAAAGCAAGCGAGAGAAUCACAAAGAUCAAACUCGACUGGCCACCGAGUUUCUUAAACAUGUUAAAGCUGAGCUGGAAAACAUGGAGGCUCUGUGCCAGGCCAAAGACAGAGAAGCCCAUUUGGAGUCGCACCUUACCGCCGUCACGCAGAGAGAAAUCGGCCACCUGGCGCAGGAGAACGCCCGGAUGGAAAAUGAGCUCCGAUCGCUGGCUGAGAGGCAAAGCGGGCUGGAGAAUGACAUAUUCAAGGCCAAACAGAAGCUGGAGCACUUUCGCGAGCAGAUGGACUGGGACCGGCGGGCCAUGGAUUCGUUUUUGGAGGAGUCGGCACGAAAAGACGACGACACGAUGGCCAUCAUCAAGUAUUCGCAGCAGGACGAGCAGAGGAUCAAGUCCCUGACGUUGGCCAUCGAGAGGACAACACUGGAGGCCAAUAAAAAGCGCAAAGUGCUUGACAUGGAGAUGACAGAGAAUUUAUCUGCGCAGAUUGCUUUAGAGAAGACCACAGAGCAUUUGCGGGAGACUCACCGGGAAAGUGAGAAGAUCAUCCAGCGAUGGGAAAACACCGUCCAGCAGAUGAAGCAAAGAGAUGCCGAUCUACAACAGUGGGCUCUGAAACUGGCAGAGAGCAACCAGGCGAUCAGGAAAAGGAACGACUCCUUGAGAGAAAUGAAGCACUUGCAUGACUCGCAGAUGAACGACAACAAGGAAAAAGAGAGAAAGUUGAACGCGGCUAAUCGUCAGGCGGCAAAAUUAAAGCAGAUAUUGCAAGAGAAGGAGAAGAACUACAUGGAGAUGCAGGAUGAGCUAAAAAGUUGUAAAACCUCACUGGAUAGUACAACCGCCAGUGUAGAGUCCACCAAGACCCACAUCUCCAGGCUGAAGGAACAAAUUGUGAAAAACCAGACCAAACUGCAGCAAAGCUCGGCCCAAAAUUCCGCUCUUGAGGAGAAACUGACAGCUGUGACGCAGAACGCCUCGAGUGAGAAGGAGAAAGCCGCCCAAAUGGAACAGUUCCUCACCGAUGAGGAACAGGCCAUCAAGGAGCUGGAUGUGCAACUGCGUGACUGCAGAGACGAGCUCUUCCGCUAUAAGCAACAAGUAGAUGCCCUCAAAAGAAUGGAAAAAGACUCUUUAGCCCAAGAGCUUAGGAGCAAAUCCACUAUUGGCAGCCUGGAACGGGAGCUCAGGAAACAAGAGAAGUAUUUGAUAAGACAGCAGAAGAUCAUGAGCGAAAAGGACUUUCAGAUCAUCUUCUUGGAGAAAAAGCUCGCACGACUGCAAGGUGUUGACGACUCGGAUGAAAAGGAAAUGUUCCAAGCCAAGAUUAGCGAGAUGACUAAAACCCUCGACGAGAGGAUGAAGUUGUCCGGCGAGAUUAUCGACAGAAUCGACGAGACUGAGAGUGAAAUUCGCUAUUUGAAGAAAGAGAAUGACAAGUCAGCGUCGGAGAAGAAAACUUUAUACCACAAAGUGGAAGAGAUGAAGCUGAUCAAUAAUAAUAUUGAAAAAGAGCUGAAAAGACUCAGCCUCAAUAAACAGGAACAAAUGGUGGAGCAGAACAUCUUCAAGCUGGAGGUGAAGCGUAAGCGGGAUCUUCUGUUCAAUAAAGCCAACAGCGUGGUGUCCCUGGAGAAAAGACAACUGAACGUCAAGAAAAUCAUUCAGGAGAGACAAGAAGAGAUCAGAAUUUACAAUCACAUGCUGAAUCAGGAACUGAAGACCACUGAGCAGGAGAGACAGAGAAUCAGCACUGAACUGAAUGGAAAAAUGUCCAAGAUUGACGUCAUGAAGAAACAUUUUGAAGUUGUGACCUUUUCAAUGACCGGAGAGGACGAGGAGGACGUGGUCAAGUGUCAAGCUCGCUAUAUUGCAAAGGCGGCGCUAGAGAGAGCAGAGCUCAUACAGCAUGGAGAGCAUCUAACUGGCAAAAUCCGUAAAGCUGAAGAAGAGAACAAAGCUCUGGAGAACUCCACUCUCUUGUUCAAUAUCAGUAACUCCCAAUUUCACACGGCAGUCAACAAAGCAAAAGACUCCAGUCAGGAAUACCAGCAAAAAAUCCAGAUGGAAGAGCAGCUGCGUUUGGCCGAAGACAAUCUCAAGUACAAGAGAAGACAAGUUAGACAACUUCAGCAACAACAACAGGAACUGAACAAUACCUUGGAUGCUCUGCUACAGGCUAAGCUAGCACAAAACCAAAAGAUCCAACAUAAACAGUUACUAAUCAGCAAACUAAAUGGAGAAAUUGCUUCACAGCAGGAAAAAAUUGAAAGAGCCACCAAACAGUGCUCGAAGCUAAGUCGUGCGAUCCGCGCUUGGAGAAACACAAAGGCAGAGACGUUGGAGGAGAAGGACGUCAGACUGAGACAGUUAAAGGACUUGAACAAACGUCUGGACAAGAUGCUGUACGAUGCCACCGAGGAUAGGCCCGACCUCAGGUCGCUUUUGGAGAAGAACUUUAACCAGGCCAACUUGUCCUUUCCGUCUCCUCCGUCCACUCCCGGCAGCCACCGAAGCACCAGCGGCAAAUCGUCUCGCGUCUCCGACAUUUCCAGGUCUUGGACUUCCUCGGCCGGCAGACGCGCACGCUCGGCCCCCGCAUCUCCUCUACUGAAGACCGUGUCCCUGAGUUUGGACGUUCCGUCUCCACCUCUCUCAGCCAGCAGCAAUGUAAAGAGUCAAUAGUCUGAUACUCUUCUCAAAACAAUUAAUGUAAAUUAGUGGCGUAUCUGUACCGAUACUAUGUGCAACACUAAUAUCCAAGGCCGUAGUUUUGCAUAGGGACGGUAUGGACAAAACACUAGCAACUUUUCAGGAUGCUCAAUUUAGAUUGUCUUCCCAUAUGUUGUAAGGAUAGAAUUGACCCUACCAUUAUUAACUGAAUUAUUUUCAGUCUUACAUUUACCCCUUCUUCACUUGCUGAUUGAGCCAGUCCAUGUAUUUUUCCCCUCAAACGCACGUUUGAUUGGCUGAUGACUAGACCCCUCCAACCCCACGCACACUCUGUCUCACAGUACAGAAUUAUCACAGUUCAGAAUUACGUUACAUGUCGACAUGCCGCCUCCUCCACCCGCUUCGAAGAGGAGGGAUAAUAGAAGUUUUUUUUGUUUUUUUUCAGCCAGCAGCUUCUGUAAGUAGUAUGAAAAGUUAUUGUUGUGAAGGUGGGAAACACAUCACUAAUUUUGCUACCUGCAUCACAGUUUAGCAUUACCAUUACAUUAAACUGUGUGAACUUGCUAACCUGAGUAGGAAGCUGCUCCAGGAGAAGUGUCCUCCUGUAUGUGUAUUCUACUAUGACAGCCCCAAAACAUCACUGCUCUAGAGGAGAUCUGCAUGGAGGAAUGGGCCAAAAUACCAGCAACAGUGUGUGAAAAGCUUGUGAAGAGUCACAGGAAACGUUUGGCCUCUGUUAUUGCCAACAAAGGGUACAUAACAAAGUAUUGAGAUGAACUUUUGGCAUUGACCAAAUACUUAUU